GCUUUUGCCAAUUCUUGGUAUACCUUUUUUUCAGGAGUACCAAGCAAAACAUAAAAAUGAUUGCUACUUGUCAUCUGUACCAUCUGGAGGUUUACGCUAAAUUGACGUGGGCUGGCUCAUUUGCAAACAUUGCAGUAAAGUCUCCUGGUGAUCUUAGUUGGUCUCCUAUACCAACUGAAUUAUUGUACUUGAACAAGCCAGGGUCAAGGAAUCUUCAUUUCAAUUUGACCAAAAAUAUCACUCCUCACAUAAGUCUUGGCUCAAACUUGGUGAUAAAAGGAGUACUAAGCAAAACAUAAAAAUGAUUACUACUUGUCAUCUGUACCAUCUGGAGGUUUACGCUAGAUUAUCAACUCAGUUAGACUCUGAAGUAACAUUUGCAAACAUUGCAAUAAAGCCUCCUGGUGAUCUUAGUUGGUCUCCUAUACCAACUGAAUUAUUGU